AUGGAACGAUUCUUACAAAGUCCUAUACGAAGAUAUGAUUCGCGACACAACCCAGAGCCUGCCACGCCAGGUCUAAGCUUGAAUUUCCAAGAGAUGCUUUUGCGAUCUCCAAGUCCAAAAGCCCUAAGAAGCUCGAUACGUAAUCCACUCAAGCAUUACAUAAAAUCCAUAGACAACACCUCGUCACCACCACCGCCUUCCAUCACCGCCAGUAGUUUUUAUCCUCAAGCGAAACAGUCAUGGCAGUGCGGCCUCUCAGACACAGAAUCCAACUCUACUAUUUCAGCCACCACUGCCAGUAUCACCACCACACCUCCUCCUUCUAAUUUUCUGCCUGAUUCCGCAUCUCCUACUCCCCCUGCACACCGUCGACCUUCACUUUCUUACAAUAAUGUAUCACCUAUAGCAGCGAGCUCAACACCAUCCGAGUUACCAGAGCUGCUCGACGAUUUCUCAGAUAUUUCAUCCAUAGCCGAUGAUCAAGAAAAUAUCCCGCCAGCACAUUAUUGUCAACCAAAGACGUUAUUUGCGUCUCGUGCGGAUCCGAUUACAAAAAAGAGAAUUGUAUUUAGGGAGCUGGCCUUAUCGGAAUAUUAUGACGCUGACUUGGAAGGAGUGAGCUUUACUAAAGAGACGAAGGGAGAGAAGAAGGAAUAUUUGACGCCGAUCAGAGUACCAUCCGCUGGAACCAACAAGUCUACACCUGAGGCUGUUGAAAGUCCCUUUUGGCAUUCAGUGGAUGAGAACGAUGAAUUGACAUUUGACAGUAUUUUUUAA